GUUUAACGUUAUAUGUAACUACUGUUUUCGUGUCCUCGCCGACUGCUUUUGUGAGUCUUUUUAAUUGCAGUCCAAGCCAAAAUGGGUUUUAUUUUAUCCAAAUGUGGCGGUUGCUAGCUUGCCGACCUAACUGACAGUACGUGUUGCUUCUUGUAUGCUAGCUGCUUUGCCACUGAGGCCCUCAGGAUUAGCCAACAACACAGAAUAACGUUAGCGUUAGCUAUCUAAAUCAUCCUAAACCACGGGUUUGUAACAUUUUCAUACUUGUUUUUUUUGUGGUAGAUUUCUCGUCAAGUGCUGCUUAUCUCAUCAUGGCCUAAAGUUCCUAGUUUGUACAGCUAAAUCCUCGUUUACUCUCAUUGCUAAUGUGCCAUAUAUGGAGCAGCUAAGUUAGCUGCAGUGAAGGCAGCCAAGCGAACCAUGGUGAAACUGACUAAGGCCAAAACGUUCCAGGCGUACCUGGACUCCUGCCACCGCCGCUACAGCUGUAUCCACUGCCGCGCCCACCUGGCCAACCACGAUGACCUCAUUUCCAAGUCGUUUCAAGGGAGCCAGGGACGUGCUUACCUGUUCAACUCCGUGGUAAAUGUAGGCUGUGGUCCAGCUGAGGAGAGACUGCUGCUGACUGGCCUUCAUGCUGUGGCUGACAUUUAUUGUGAGAACUGCCACACCACUUUGGGCUGGAAAUAUGAGCAGGCUUUUGAGUUGAGUCAGAAGUAUAAGGAGGGAAAGUACAUUAUUGAACUUUCCCACAUGAUUAAGGACAAUGGCUGGGACUAAGGCCUUCAGCGCUUGCCAUCGUACUCUGUCCACAGCUUAAAGCUUUGCCAAGAACAGCAUGAUUUUUCUUUCCUUUUUAUACAUGUAUAUUAUCUACAUUACUAUUGAGCACCUUUUUCCACUUUGAUAUCCUAAUGCACCAGUUUUACAUUUGUGGGGGAAGUGAGGAACGUUUUGAAGACCCAUGAGAGAUGGAGAUGUACAUGCAUGGAUGCGAGAAAUAGUGAUUGUUGGCAGCCACUUAAUCUCCAAAUUGGGAAUACACAAGUUCUCAUUUCCAGCCCGUUAAGUGCAAUUCACAAGGCUGGGACAAACGUUGAGGUCCAGUGACAAGUUUUCCCUUUUACGGAUUUAGGCUUAAAAGAACGAGGUAGUAAUAGUGUGAUUUAUUUUUGGAUGAAAGUGUAUUUUACUCAGAUAUUGAGUUGUGGUGUUUACCACUUGAGGUAUCCCUUUUAUUUCUGUGUGGAGUGGAUUGAGAGACUAAGUGCAAUAUGUUUGUUUUUGUGUGUGUGUGUUUAUUUGUUUGGGGAAAGGUUAAAAAUGCAUUCCUCUUCAAGUUGUUUGUGUUUGUUACAUAGGAAUCCCAACAAAGAAUGGCUGCUUGUGUAAGAGAUAAGAGCUAAUCAGUUAUAGCUUAAGGAAUGGUCUGUGUUUGACUUCUUGAAAAAGAUUGUGGAAUGUAAUUGGGACUUUCGCUUCUGUUUGUCUUAUUAUCUUUGUUUGUCUAUGAGAUCUGUAAAUAUAGUCUAAUGUCGAGCAUCAUGUACAGAGACACUUAUAAUCAUGUUAAAAGACACCAUGGAAAAUGCUUCUGAUCGAGUAGCACGUCUUCAAAUGCUAAAUCAUGAAGUUUAUUACAUUAAUCAGAGAUCUUUACAUUAAAUUAUGUGAUGAAUAAACGUUGA